GUAUGGUUCUCAUUUGUUUUUGUUUGUCAAUUUCUAACCCGCGACAAUCUUGCCUCCGACAUCGCGGAGAUUACGUUUAUUUUUUUCGUUUUUUGUUGGUUACUACGAAGAUGAGCCAUAUUGUUGUCAUCAGACCUUACAAGCCGGGAGACGAGUUUAAUUGUCACGAGAUGAUCAAGGACGGAGUCACCUCCUCGAUAAAUAGUGCCUUUUUUGGGAAUCUUUUCAAAGAAAUAACGUUUCAAGUGAUGAUCCUUAUGGCUGCUAUAAUGUUCAUAUUUUUUGGAAUGCCAUUUACCGUAUGUUUGCUCGUUAUACCUCUGGUUAUUAUUAUGACAUAUGUUGGCACAUACUUAGCAUAUACGGCUAAAGCUAUGGAAGUUGACCAAGAAGUGUCAAACAUUGCAAGAACUUAUAUGUCAAAUGCAUUUUCAUGUUUUUGGGUCGCAGAGGCAUUUGAACCAUACAUGAUGUCUCGCAGUCCAUGUGAUUUCAAUUAUCAGGUUAUUACUGAGAAUCAAUUUCGAGAAUCGAAUAUCGACGUCACUUCGCAAUCCAAGAGGAUUGUUGGAAGUAUUGGUUUAUUGAAGAGUCACAGUCUUGACAAAGGAGCUUGGAUUAAACGUCUCUGCGUGCAUCGUAGCUACCGACGCAAAGGUAUUGCCUCUUGUCUAUUAAAAGUAGCAGUUGAUUUUGCCAUUGAGCAAGGUUACAGUUGUGCAAAUGUUGUGGCAUCAGAACAUACCGAAGGUGGCAGAGAAUUAUGCCUUAAAAAAGGAUUCGAAUUGAAACAAAUGUAUCAUAAACCUAUAGUUGGUUCUCUGAUAACAGUUUUGAUGUAUGAAUUAACAUAUCAAAUCAAGCCGGGGGAUGAUAACUAUGUUAGCUAUCCUAAAAGGCUUUUUUCCUUUAGAUAAGUAAUUUAUUUUUAUAUCAACAUUUAAUACUCAGGUCACAAUGAUCAAGAAACAGAUUUACUGAAUACUCAGAAACUAUUUUAAGCCAAAGUCUGAAAAAGCUUUUGAUGAUUUUUUCAUCAAAGGUUCAAAUUACUAAACCUGAUAGCUUAGUUUUUAUUUAUAAGAGCUUUUUCAUAAAAGUAAACAUUUUAUGACGUAAUGGCUUAAAUAUUAGAAUAGUCGCGUUAAAUGCAUUGCCUUAAGUCUGAUAUUAAUGAAAGUAUUUUCCAGUAUAUAGCAAAAUGUUAUUUAUAUAAAACUUUAUUGAAUAUCUUUAAAAAUCGCAAUUCCUAGAAUUGUUAUAUAUAAAAUAGUAACUUUAUUAGAUAAAUGAAGUGAGUAAGUCUUUGAUUUAGCGCUUCAUUUCCUUCCAGUAUUUUUCAAGGUCAGCUCCUUCCCAAUGUUUCGUAGUUAACUUUGACAGGUACCUAAAUAAAAUAUUAACGAAUUGUUAUUUUUAAAAUGUGAAACGUCAAUCUUAGGCCUAUUAAUUUUAACUCGACUUUAUCAAAUUAGCUGCUUCAACCUACAAAUCUUUGUUCCAAACAAAUACAAACAUAAGGUUCCAAAGUCAAGUCUGAAUUAAUAAACCUAGCAAAAUUUCUAAACAUUAAGGAAAUCAGGGUCUGUACAUUGGGUGUAAUUAUUUGUAAGUACUUUAUCUCUUGAUAAGUUGGAAACUUACCACAAGAUUCAUUAUCACAAUGCUGUUUACAUAUCUUUAUCAAAAUAAUUGUUCAUGUCACAGUACGUCAACUAAAUCAAUAAGAGCCUUCGAUUCCGACAGCUAUUAAGAAAUAUAAAAACCUUUAAAUUGUUCUCUUAUAAGAAUUAACUCUACUUUUAAGCUGAUUUAAUGCUCAUGAGCUGCAAUGUCACUGAUAAUGGUUAAGAGUGAUGUUAUUUACUUUUUAUUUGCAAGCACCUCGGGAGUAAUCUUUUGGGAUCAAUUUAGCAUUUCUGUUUUUCAUUUAACUGUUUACUUUUCAAUCUAAAUACUGUUAAACUGUUUAAUAACAUAAGAUGUCAGUUGGUCAUGAAGGUGGUCAAUGUGAAAAAUUAGUAGACGUAUUUUCAUGCAAUGUUAGUUGACUGUCCCUAUUGAAACUGCCCUUCUGAUACUUACUUAUCUUUCAUAUCCUUUAGAAUCUCCUUUUCCUCUUCCGUUAUCCCGUUGUGAAGCACAUCCAUAUUUAUAUCCAGCUCUCUUAAAUUUUGCAUCCCAAUCAGAUGAGUGGCAACAUCUGGACAUUGGAACGAGUGCCAAACUGCCAAUUUAGUGAAUUCCAAAUCUUUUUCCUAUUGUAAGAAUAUAUCUUUGAGCAUAUGCAAAUGAUUGAUUCAAGAGUAAAUGGUGAUACAAUUUGUUAUGUACCUUGCAAUAAUCUCCAGCUUGUUUGCAAACUUUCUUUACAUCAUCCGAUGCUGGAUGCCACUUUUGUGGUCCUUGACUAGUUAAUAAGCCCAUGCUAGGUGCUGCAGCAUUUAUGAUUCCUAUAUUGCGUUCCUGGAAUUAUAUUUGCAAUUAUUUAUGCGAACGAACAUUAGUCUUAAGUCCUUUGUUAUCAUAGUAUGAACUAAUGAGUGAUGCUUGUGUAAAACGAAGUACCUUGAAAAAUGGAAUGUAUUCGAGGAGUGUAUCGUCUAUGAGGGUGAAUCUGGCGUAAGUUAGGACAACGGCAAUAUUGAUGUUGCUCUUCUCAAUGCAUUCCUUGAGAACAGAUAUGGGAUAGCCAGUGAUACCGAUAUGUCUAGCUCGACCCUCCGCUACUUGACGCGAUAACUCUGGCAAGGUUUGAGUUAUGAUAAUGUCCAGGGAUGGCGCGAAUUCAAUGUCAUGGAUCUGGAAGAGAAAUUCACUAUUAUUAGUUGCAAGUUAUAUAUAUUUUUUUCUAACAAAUUACGAAGUUUUGUUUGCAGCGUUAUUGUCUAUAUUAUAACAAGAUAUUGGAUGAUUACUGCCACGCAUUAUUGAUAUUAUCUCUAUGUGAUAACGUUUCUACGAGAAAAGCAACGUUUUUUUUUAUUUAUCCCUUAAGAUAAUGUUUAUAGGUUUUUCAGGUAUGCGACUUUUGUGAAGCAACAAUUUUUUUAAAAAAGUCUAAUUUACGCUUAACACUAAUUGAUAUUACGAUAAUCAUCGAGAAAACUAACGAUAAAAUACUCAAAAGCAAAAAAGCAGUAUACUCACUUGAAUGACAUCGACGUAAUCGAGCUGCAGACGUUCCAAGCUCUGCUUGACGCUCUGACGGACUCUUUCCAUCGAGAAGUCGAACAUGUUCGCAAAAUCCAGCUCGUACCUUCCGACUUUGGUCCCUAUGUAAUAAGCUUGACGAGGAAUUCCUUUGAGUGCCUGUUUUACAAAAUGUGCAAUCUUAUAUUUGCUAUAUGAAUUUUGUAUUCACUUUAAAUAGGCUAGGCGUUAAUACUUGUAAGAGUAUUUUUUUUCUAAUAAAAAUUUUAAAUGAUUCGA